GCUACUAUAUAUAAGGCUACAAAAUGCCUUUAUGUUUUUUGCUAUACUCUCUAAAUUGUUCCAUCAACAUUAUAUCUCCCACUUGUAGUAGUUGGUGACCACAAAUUCUCAUCCCAACACACAAACUAAGAAGAAGAAAAAAGAAGAUUGAAAUUCUUGUAAUUUCAAGAACUUUAGACAUGGGAUUGUAUCAAUCAUGUUGUAUUAUAGUCCUAUGUUUUAUGUUCUUGCUUCUGAAACCUGAAUUUUCACAUUCCAUGUCAUGCACAUCACAGAAGUUCACCAAGAACAAAUUGUAUGAACAUUGCAAUGACUUGCCACAUUUGAAUUGUUACAUCCAUUGGAGUUACAAUUCAAAAGAUUCUUCUUUAAAUUUAGCCUUUUUAGCUACUCCUACUAAGCCUGAUGGCUGGAUAGCAUGGGGAAUCAAUCCAAUUGGGGCAGGAAUGGUUGGUACACAAGCGUUGAUCGCAUUUAAAAGUUCCAACAGUACCAUAGUCGCGAAAACGUUCAAGUUGAACUCGUAUAAGUCCAUCGUGCCAGGGGAACUUGCAUAUCGCGUUUCGAAUAUGGAGGCUAUGUAUAGUAACGGGAUGAUGGUAAUUUUUGCUAGUGUAAAAUUACCAAAAGGAAUGAGAGAAUUGAAUCAGGUUUGGCAAGUUGGAAGUUCAGUCUUGAAUGGUACAUUUCCAGGAAUUCAUGAUUUUCAGCCUGAAAAUUUGAAUUCCAAGGGAAAACUUGAUUUGAUGAAAGGACAAAGUGUUAGCGAUGGUCCUGACUAUUCUAUGCUCAAGAAUCGAAAUAUUCAUGGAAUUCUGAAUGUUGUGAGUUGGGGAAUUCUAUUUCCAGUAGGAAUUAUGAUUGCAAGGUAUCUAAGAACAUUUGUAGAUCCAGUGUGGUUUUAUGUUCAUGUGGCUUGUCAAUUAUCAUCUUAUACUAUUGGAGUUGCUGGCUGGGCCACUGGUCUAAAACUUGGAAGCCAAUCCAAAGGAAUUGUGUACACUGCUCAUAGAGAUUUUGGUAUUGCCUUGUUUUGUCUUGCAACUCUACAGGUGUUUGCACUAUUUCUGAGGCCAAAGAAGGAUCACAAGCACAGAUUUUACUGGAAUAUGUAUCACCAUGGAGUUGGAUAUGGUGUACUUGUUCUAGGCAUCAUCAAUGUUUUUAAGGGUCUUGAAAUUUUGCAACCAGGAAGCAAAUGGAAAUUGGCUUAUAUUAUUUUCCUAUCAAUUCUUGGAGGAAUUGCUCUUAUUUUAGAAGCAAUUACUUGGACAAUUGUACUUAAAAAGAAGCCUGGACAAUCAAAUAACAAGCUUUAUGAUGGACAAAAUGGAAGACAACAGACUCUCACAUCUUGAAGUUAUUCUCUUGAUUUUUAUUUUUUAUUUUCAUAUACAUAUUUGUUUUCCUGUGGUUGGGCUGAGUAUUAUAUUUUUUAAUUUAUUUUUGGUUGGGGCUGUAUUCUAUUUUGAUAUUUUCUUGUGUAGAAACCAUGCUCUAUGAGAGUAGCUUUUGUUGUCGUAUUGCUUCCUUUAUUUACUAAAUAAUAUAUAUAGAUGCUGUUUUUUUCCCCUA